UGUUUGAUAAUCAGUCGUGAAACUGCUGGACACACAAUAUUUUUUUUUUUCAAUUUUGGAUAAUCUUAAUUUUUAGCUUGUACAAUAGCAUAACUUCCAGCUUCACUAUUAAUCCACUCUUUUAAGAAUUAAGACGUCUGAGAAGGUCAAAAAAUGAAGCCAACUCUGGCCAUUUUACUUUUAUUAUUAAUACUUCCUUUAGUUUCCAAUCGCCUAAUUGUUAUUCGAACAGGAAAUGAUAACCUUUGGGACGAAUACAAAAAAUUUUAUGAAAAAGAUUAUACACCCGAAGAAGAUAGAUUACGUAAACCAAGAUGGAUGGAAUCAAUGAAAUUGAUGUUUGAUCACAACAUGGCAUAUCAUGCUGGACAAGAAAGUUUUCAUGUCGGAAUGAAUCAAUUUUCAGAUAUGGAUCAUGAAGAUUUCCAAAACUCAUUAACAGGUUUAGAAAACGAGAUGGAAUGCAAAAGUAAUAGUAGCAUGACUUACUCACCUCCUAAAACAAAUGACAUACCUACUGCACUUGACUGGAACGAAAAAGGUUACGUUACUGAAGUUUUAAAUCAGGGAAAAUGUGGUGCCUGUUGGGCGUUUUGUUCAGUAGCUUCCUUAGAAGGGCAACUAAAGAGAAUGACUGGAAAACUUGUUAAACUCAGCGAGCAGAAUCUAAUAGAUUGUUCAAACCAAGCAGGAAACAAAGGUUGCGAAGGUGGACAGAUGUGCAGAGCUUUUGAAUAUGCAGCAUUCGCUGGUGGGGUAGACACCUCGGCAUCUUAUCCCUUAACAAAGGAGACAGGAGCUUGUAAAUACCACGAAGGUAGACUAGGUGCCACAGUAGGAGGCUAUUUGGAAAUUCCGUAUGGAGACGAAGAUGCUUUGUUAAAGGCAGUUGCAUUACUUGGACCAGUAGCAGCUGGUGUAGAUGGAAGUACUCAACAUUUUAGACAUUACAGGGGUGGUAUUUAUGACUAUGAUGGCUGUAGUAAUACAACAUUGAAUCACGCAGUAACAGUAAUAGGGUACGGCACUGAAAUGGGAACAGAUUAUUGGCUUAUUAAAAAUAGUUGGGGAAAAUCAUGGGGCCAAGGAGGAUUUGGAAAAUUGGUACGAAAUAAGAAUAACCAAUGUGGACUAGCAAGUAGAGCAAUUUUCCCAGUUAUGCACAAAGAUGAAUAUGGAAGGCCAAUACUGAAUGGACCUCGUGCUCAAUAAAUCAUUAUGUAAUUACAAAACUAAACUGAACAAUAAUUUAA